AUGGCGGCGAGUCGGGGGAAUCAGAUCCCGGACGUCGAGAUCCUAGUUCACGUCACGGCACCCAGCAGGACAGCAGACGACGUUGCGUACAGGCAGCUCGCGCAAUCCUAUCUUUCUUUUCAGCCCCAGAGGCGGGUUGAUUUCACCGAAGAUGCCGUUCAAGAACAUCGUUAUGAAGACGUGGGGGGUUCUCCAACACAAGAGACCGUAUCUUCAUUCAACAAGGACUUCUCAAAAGUGACUUCAGGGCAGCCGUGGGUUCCAGAGUCCCAGGAUCUAAGCUUUCGGAGUGUAUACGAUAACCGAUUUUCGCCGCCGUUGCUAGAGAGGCAGGGCUCAGCAGACAAUUCUUUCCUCAGCGAGGGUGGAGAAUCUCUCUCAACUCAGCUCGCAUCCCCAUGGCGUGCACCUCCAAGCCAAGUCAACGAUUCAUACCCCUUACCUGAUGCUGAGGUACUCCACGCCACACCAACGAGAGUUCUAGAGCACUAUCUGAAGAGCUUGAAUGCAUCCCCGCCUCUCAGAUCCUCGUCAGCUGGCCAAGUUGCCAAUGUUGACGACUCUACUUCGUUGGCCAGCUCUAGUGUUAAUGGAGGCAAUAUCCCGUCAUCCAUCCCCAUCCCUCCCGGCCUGGACGAAGCUGCAAGCCACUCACUUGGAUAUAGAAACGUUGCAAACACCAUCCCAGUCACUCCUCGAGCACCAGAGGUGUCGACGCGGAAGCGGGAAGAGUUCUCUCCAACUGUAAUUAACGAAACUAUAUACAUACCAAGCAGUGAUCUCGUCACAACUUCCGAAGCAGCCUCUUUCAGAGCCGAAUCAGCACCGCCUCUAUCAAAACGCCAAAGGGGACUCAUUGAUGAAGCCGAAGCUACGAAUCUGCAACGAAGCUCGAGUGACACCGGGCCAGUAAGGACCAAUCAACCGGCCAGCACCUCUUUUGCUGUAGCGAAAGAGUUGACUGACGCCUUGGAAAUUCGACCACCGUCGCCCUCAGCGGGAAUCAUGGAUAUCGAGCCUGAAGACUUGAUAUCCGAUAAACUAGCUAAACUAGCAAAAGACCUUUCGUCUCGAUAUCGUCCCAUAGCGAAACGCCCAACAGAGCCCCUUGAACGUGGCUACUGGCUCCUCGACUGCACCGGCUGGUCCCAGGACACUCGUCUCGAAGCCUGGGUCUUCUUGGCAAACUACCUCCGCAGCGGGCUCGCCGGAUGGGGUGUGUGGUGUCGCCGUGAUGAGUCGCGCAACUGGAUCCGCCUCUAUUGCUGGGCUCACGUUGCCAAGCAUAUGUAUCUGCUGCUGUACCUUGCCAGCGGCAGGCAUCUGAAAACUACUGGCGCGCAGUGGAUUGAUGGCGACGGAGAGGUUGUCUUGGAAGUGUCUCCCGUGGAGAAGAAGUAA